UCUCUAGCCCAAGAAGAAAAAUGGAAAUCUCUUUGCUCUGUCUUUUUCUCGUAACCUUCACUUCGUUGAUCUUUGUCGGCAAGAAGAUCAAACGCUCUAAAUGGAAUCUUCCUCCAAGCCCUCCAGAGUUUCCGAUCAUCGGAAGCCUACACCAAGUUGGAGAGUUGCCUCACAGGUCAGUUCAACGUCUAGCCGAAAGAGCGGGACAUGUUAUGCUUGUCCACUUAGGUUUCAUCCCUGUAACUGUAAUCUCAUCGAAAGAAGCAGCUGAAGAAGUCCUCAAAACUCAUGACCUAGACUGUUGCAGCAGGCCUAAGCUUGUCGGAACGAUGCUAAUCUCUCGGGGUUUUAAAGAUAUCGGUUUCACGCCGUACAGUGAAGAGUGGAAAGAGCGGCGUAAGUUCUUGGUACGUGAGUUUCUCUGUUUCAAAAAAGUUCAAUCUUUUGGAUAUAUCAGAGAGGAAGAGUGUAACUUGCUAGUCAAGAAACUAUCCGAAUCAGCUCUGGAUCAAUCUCCAGUAGAUUUGAGCAAAACCCUUUUCUGGCUAACCGCGAGUAUAGUGUUUAGAGUUUCUUUCGGACAGAGAUUCCACGAGAGCCAGCUUAUUGAUAAAGAAAAGGUCGACGAGCUUAUAUUCGAAGCCGAGACAGCUCAAGCUAGUUUCACUUGUUCUGAUUUUUUUCCCAUCGCGGGACUUGGAUGGCUCGUUGACUGGCUUUCAGGACAACACAAGAGGCUCCACGAUGUCUUCUUCAAGCUUGAUGCUCUGUUUCAACGCGUGAUCGAUGAUCAUAUGCAUCCAGGUAGAUCGAAAGAUCAAAGGGAUAUCACUGACUUGCUGUUGGAUGUAAUGCAUAAACAAGGGAAAGAUGAUUCCUUGCAGCUCACGUUAGAUCAUAUCAAGAAUAUAUUCAUCGCAGGGAUAGACACAGGAGUUCUUACCAUGAUAUGGGCAAUGACAGAACUCGCAAGAAACCCUAAAGUGAUGAAGAAACUUCAAGUCCAUAUCCGUGACCACUUUGGCAACAACAAAGAGAGAAUCACUGAAGAAGAUAUAGGUAAAGUUCCUUACUUAAACCUCGUGAUCAAGGACACAUUCAGAUUACACCCUGCAGUUCCUCUUCUGCUUCCAAGGGAAACAAUGGCUCACAUCAAAGUCCAAGGCUAUGAUAUUCCUCCAAAGAGACGGAUAUUGAUCAACGCUUGGGCGAUAGCACGAGAUCCUAAACUCUGGACAAACCCGGAAGAGUUUAUCCCCGAGAGGUUUAUCGACAGCCCUGUGGAUUAUAGAGGACAACAUUUCGAGCUCUUACCGUUUGGCUCUGGUCGAAGAAUGUGUCCGGGAAUGGCAAUGGGGAUCGCUCCUGUUGAAUUGGGACUCUUGAACUUGCUUUACUUCUUUGACUGGAAGUUGCCUGAUGGGAUGACGCAGAGAGACAUCGAUGUGGAAGAAGGAGGUACUCUUACAAUCGUCAAGAAAGUGCCUCUCAAGCUGGUCCCAGUUAGCGUCCACUGAUUACACCAGAUCUUAAUUUCAGACUAUGAAGAAGUUUUAAAUAAAACUGUCUCUAGCUAGUAACUACGAAAAUGUAUGGUACGUCUAGGUGUCUGUAUGAUUAUAUAUUGUAUAUUGGAAAAAUUUAAGAUCCUUGCAGUUUUAUCUUAAACUGUCAGUAAGAUUAUGUGAUAACUCUGAAUAAUGGCUCCUUAGAGUCUCAUGGUGGCGUCUGUGCGUUGUAGAUAAGCUCUAUUACUCUCAAACUUAUUGUCGACUUCUUUGAACCUUAUGAAUCUUUGUUAUGCCUUUAGAUUUAAGUGCGGACAAUGUUGAUCACCAAGAGAACAUUAAGCACAUAUAUCUUCUAUAUAUAUAAAAGAGA